UGAAUCUGUCAGGUGAAGUGAAGCUCAGGUCAGCUGAAUUUAUUCUGCUAUAAUAUUACUUUUUCUGCAUAAACAUAUAGUUGUUUAUAUCAGAGUGCGCAAUAACAUUAUUCCUUUAGACUUUCGCCACUCUCGAACUUAAGGCAAAUUACAACAUCUAAUUUUAAGUUUGCAUUCUCGAUGAAAGCCUUCUUCAAGUUAUAGGUCGUAGAACUAAAAGUGCAACAUGCAUGCAAUGGGCAUGGGCCCCGAGUUUUUCCAGUUUAUGAAGAAACUGGAAGAAAAUGGUGACAAGCUGGUAUCUACUACUCCCUCUGAGCCGUCACUCGAAUUUGAAUUUAAUAACUCGACAUGUCAUGUUUGCAAUGGGUAUUACGGGCCGAGUUUCGGGGAGCCAGUUUGUGUAACUUGCCAUGCUUUCCUCUUCCCGGAUUUUCCGUCAUAUUUGCCUUCAUCAUACUUCUACAGUGAGAAGACAGAUGAUGGUGACUCAGGAAAUGAUGAGCCCUCUGACUUGAACUAUAGUUCUGAACGUAAGAUCAACAGAGACAACAGAGCAUGCCCUGUACCCUCCUGGUGGUAUUACAAAAGCUCCCUGGACAGUGAAACAAGUCCAGAAGAUGAAGCAAGUCGGGCUAGUAACUCAGGGGCAGGUGCAAGCAGCAGUGGCAAUUGCAGUGGCGUCGGCGGCAAUGGCGGGCCUAGCCGACAUGACGGGCCCAGCCGACACGACGGGCCUAGUAGGCCUGACGGACCAAGCCGGCCUGAUGGCCCUAGUCGGCCUGAUGGACCAAGCCGGCAUGAUGGCCCUAGUCGGCCUGACGGGCCUAGUCGAUCUGAUGGCCCGAACCGCGCCGAUAUCCCAAGUCGUGAUCCCGGUCGCGGUGACGUGCCCGCUCGCGCAGAUGCUGCUAAUAUUCCAGUCGCGGCUGACACGCCAGCCCGUGCGGACGUAUCAAGCCGUGCGGAUAGUGCCGGCCGUGGAGACGCGCCGGCUAGAGACGACAGAGUUGGGUUAGGGCCUCCGCCCCACCCGCCCUGCCUCGCACGUUCGUUACAAGCGCUCUCGACACCGAGGCCACCUGACAAUUUGGCUCCAGGACUUGUGGAGCAGUUGCCUUCUGAAGUGUUGCUGUGCAUCUUCAGCUACCUAGACGACCUGUCUCUGUGUGCGUGCGCGUGCGUGUGUGCGCGGUGGUGGCGGCUCGUGCGAGCCCGCGUGGCGCCGCCGCGCUGGGCCGCCUUCACGAACCGACGCUUCCCUCUCUACAGGCCUAUGCUUGCUAAUAUUGACUGGCACAAGAAAUACCAAUGCCUGGUGGAGUCGUGUUUCUGCCGUAACUGCUUGGUACAGAUGUGUGUGCAGGCGCAGCCCGCCGGCGAGGAGAACGCCUGGCGCCGGAACAGACUCAGGAUUGAACUUAAGAUGUUGCGCAACGACCCCCCGGAAGGCAUAGCGGCGACCCCGCUGGACCCCAAGUGUUGUCACUGGCAGGCGAGCGUCACCGGGCCCAUCGGCUCGCCAUACGAGGGCGGAGUCUUCUAUCUCUACAUACAAGUGCCCUAUGCGUACCCAAUGAGUCCCCCAGUGGUCCGCUUCCUGACUCGCAUCUUACACCCGAACAUCUCCCGUCACGGUGACGUGGGCAUCGACUCCGUGCAUCAUAACUGGUCUCUCGCGCUUACUAUCAGCAAAGUGCUCAUCUCUAUACAGAGCCUGCUGACAGACCCUUAUACUGCGGUAUGCAUGGAGCCCGAGUUAGGCGAGAUGUACGUACGCGACCGACAACGCUUCGAGGCUCUCGCUCGCAACUGGACGUGGCGGUACGCGAUGCACGACAUACUGUCUUAUUGAGUGCCAACACCCAUGGAGAACACAAUGGAUAGCAGAGAUGCCAUAACGAAAAAUCUCCUAAGAAAGUACCGCGCCAAACAAAACGCGGGCGUGAUUCGGACGAGGAAUGUUACUGUCUUCGCUCUUACACGUCUUCUUUGGAACCCAACCAUUUUUGUAAGACCACAAUCCUUGACAGAUUUCUUGAUGGACCCGAACGCAUCGUUAGUUCACUCGUGAAUGAUUGUUUUGGUCAUGACCGUCACUACUUGCAUUAUGGCAUCUCCGCUUACCUUUGUGUCAUCUGUGAUGUAUCGAGUCUCGGAGUGUCGAGACCAGUGAACAACGUUAUGCCUAUAAACUGCCGGAAAAUUAACAAACUUUAUCGCCUUUGUAGUAAUGGCUUCGAGAGAUAUUGGCUUCGGCUUGGCUGAAUUUGUGAUACAAGUGUCUGUGUCCAGUUUUUAACAAUGGCAAGCUAUAAUUAUAUUGCCGGACUGAAAGGGCUUUGAUAAUAAACACGGAUUAAAGUUACACCAAGAAUAACCAUACAGUUUCAUAAGUAUAAACUUGGAAUAACUUUAAAGCAUGUUUAAACAUAAGGAGGAAUGAUUUUAAUUUAUUUUUAUAGAUAGUUCCAACUGCCCCUGGUGAAAUCAGGUGUUUAGGUUAGUGUAACGUUUUUACUUUUUCAUAAAGUCCAAUAUAAUAUUCAUGUUUUUAUACUUUUAUGUACUAUCUAACCUAAAUUAGUUUUGUAAACAACACUCGAAAUGCAUGAGAUAAAAGACAAUUAUUAUAAAUAAAUACACAUCACAUUUAAUGUAGAACGGCUGUGUACUUCCAAAUAAAUGUAAUGGAAGACUAAAUUGUAUAAUGCAAUAAAAAUAUUAAAAUUAUGA